AUGUAUAAAAUAAAACCCACAAUGUCCGGGAGAAUAGCAUCAUAUUCUUUGGUUGGAUUAGGAUUCAUUUCAAUGGAUUACAUUACAUCAUUCAUUGAUAAUUCAUACAGACGCAAGUAUUCAGACCAAUUUUAAUAAAUAUAAGAUGAAUACGAUGUAAAAAAUUACAUAAUAAGAUAUCUGAUCCAUUCAAAAUCAAUUAUUUUAGAAAUUUUACAUAUGGAUUUAUGUCAACUAAUUUCAAUUCUAUAUUGCAUGUGAAAUUAAAUCAAUUUUUAGGACAGAGACAAUACUCCCCCAAAUUUAAACUAGUACUACAUUUUAUAUACAAGGUUAUUAGUCCUCUAGCCCCAAUUCCUUAUUAUCUAUUUGCUGGUUUCUUAGAAAAUAAACCAAUGGAUAUUAUCUUCUCAAAUUUAUUGAAUGAUUUGAAGAUUUUAAUACCUUUUAGGAUAAUUCUGGAUUAUUUAAGAAUAAAUAACUUUUUUUUCUAAAAGUAAAUAUAAAUUUAAUCUCUUUAGACCAUAGCCUGGAAGUUCUUUGGUUCCAAAUAAGGCUCUAUUUGUUUGUUUUGUGACAGCAAAGAUAAUGAACUCAUCUUUAUUAAUAUGUAUGUAUGAUAAGAAAAUCAUAUUUUGA